CGUUAACAGUCACUAUUAACUGAUCAGUCACUGAUCUGGAUUAUUUCAAUAAACUUUAUUGGCAUCUAUAUUGUGUAAGUACCUAUAUUUACUUACACUGCGUGUCUGCGUAGAACACAUUUUGUCAUUUACUACAUUUUAAUUUUUAACUAAAUAAUUAUUAGCAAUUAUGUACACGACUCAAUUGUUUAUCAUCUCUAUCGCGAUUUUUUUCGUACAUAAUAACGUACUCGCAGAAGAUAACCCAGAAGAAUGUGAAACUUUGCCUUCUGAAUUGCAUAUCAUUAAAGAGGAGUUUGACGAGCUUGGACGACUUCAAAGGACAUGUAAUGGUGACAUAGCAGUGAACAAAUGUGAAGGAGCGUGCAAUUCACAAGUACAACCUAGUGUCAUUACUCCUAGUGGAUUCCUAAAAGAAUGUUAUUGUUGUCGUGAAACAUUUUUGAGGGAGAGAAUUAUUGCUCUUACACAUUGCUACGAUCCCGAUGGCGUAAGAUUGACGAGUGAAAAAUUGGCCACUUUGGAAGUAAAACUAAAAGAACCAGCGGACUGCAAAUGUUUUAAAUGCGGAGAUUUUUCCGGAUAAAUUAAUGUUUUAAAAUCCAUAUGAUAUGUAGCAACUUUUUCAUCGUUUUGUUUUACUUAUGUUGUAAUUAUUAUUUAUUAAUUAUUAAAUAUAUAGGUAGUUUUAAAAAUUAAACCUAUAAGCGUUUUCAUGUAGGUAUCUGCAUAUAUAAUACUA